AUGGAUAAGCAGGCAGAUUUGAAAUUGAGGUUUCGCACCUCGCAGAAACUGGAGGUAUGCCCCGCGUUCGAGUCGAUGGGGCUGGAUCGCAAGUUGCUCCAGGGUAUAUACGCUUACGGGUUUGAGGCGCCCUCGGCGAUCCAGUCGAGGGCAAUCACACAGAUCAUCAGUGGGAAGGAUGUUAUUGCGCAGGCGCAGUCCGGGACCGGUAAGACGGCGACGUUCACGAUCGGUAUGCUGCAAGCAUGCUCCUUUGGACAAAAUGACUUGCAAUGCCUGAUUUUGUCCCCCACGAGAGAAUUGGCCGGUCAAAUCAACAGUGUAGUCGGGAACCUUGGUAGCUUUCUUAAUGUGAAGUCUGUUGCACUUGUUGGUGGGAACAAAAUGGCCAAACAGGACUCGCAGAAACUGCAAAACGGGCAAGUCCAUGUGGUCAGUGGGACACCGGGCCGUGUCCUCGAUUUGAUCAAAAGACACGUCCUCGUGGUGAAGAAAUGUAAAAUGCUGGUGCUGGACGAAGCUGACGAGUUGUUGGGGGAGUCCCUUGGUUUCAAACAGCAGAUCUACGACAUUUUUACAAAACUGCCGAAAAACUGCCAGGUGGUUGUCGUCAGCGCCACGAUGAGUAAAGAUAUCAUUGAGGUGACCAAGAAGUUCAUGACAACCCCGGUCAAAAUCCUGGUGAAGCAGGAAGAAAUAUCCUUGGAGAAAAUCAAACAGUAUUACGUCGAUGUGGAUAAAGAGGACUGGAAGUUCGACACUCUGUGCGACCUUUACGACUCCCUCACGAUCACACAAUGCGUCAUUUUUUGCAACACCAAGAGGAAAGUGGACUGGCUCGCCAUCAAAUUGACACAAUCCAAUUUCAGUGUCGCCUCUAUGCAUGGCGAUAUGAAACAGGAGGAGAGAGACAAAGUGAUGUCGGAUUUCAGGUCAGGGAAGUCCAGGGUGCUCAUAUCCACAGACGUGUGGGCCCGUGGGAUCGACGUACAGCAGGUGUCCCUGGUGGUCAAUUACGACUUGCCGGACAUCAUGGAAAACUACAUACAUAGGAUUGGUAGGUCAGGCAGAUUUGGAAGGAAGGGGAUUGCAAUCAACUUUGUAACAAAGGCAGACCUCAGCCAUUUAAAACAAAUCGAGAAGUUCUACAAGAUCAGGAUAAAACCAAUGCCAGCAAAUUUUGCAGAUUUUUCGUAG